UAUUUAGAUGCUCUGAAUUACAGACAGAUGUCAGGACGUGCUGGAAGACGGGGACAAGAUCUGAUUGGAAAUGUGUUCUUCUAUGAUAUCCCACUGCCCAAAGUUGAAAGACUUAUCAAAUCCAACGUACCUCAGUUGAAAGGCCAAUUUCCUCUGACUAUUACCUUAAUAUUGAGACUCAUGCUGUUGGCUGCGAGGGCUGAUGAUAAAGCAGAUGCUAGAGCAAAGGCAUUGUCAGUGCUGAAGUAUUCAUUGAUAUCAUUCAGAAAAGAAAGAUAUGCUGAAAUAUUAAAAAUUUAUUUUAUGUUUUCCUUGCAAUUUCUUAUCAAAGAGGGCCACAUGGAUCAAGAUUGUAACCCUGUAGGAUUUGCUGGACUUGUGACACACUUGUACUAUCAUGAGCCUUCAAAUUUUGUUUUAGUGAAAUUUCUUGUGAAAGGUUUAUUCCACAAGUUGUGCCAGCCAAUUAAAGGCUCAACUGUUUUUUCAGAAGAUGUCCUGGAAAAGCUAGUUCUCAUUCUAGCAAACUUAUUUGGGAGAAAAUAUCUUCCAGCCUGCUCAAUGAAAUACAAACACACAUUUUUCCAGUCAAAGGUCUUUCUAGAAGACCUGCCAGAAGACUUUGCAGAUGCUGUAAAUGAAUACAACACCAAAGUAGAGGAAAAUUUUGCUCAUUUUCUUCUGACAAUUGCCAAGCUGGCUGAUAUGGAACAAGAAUACAGACUACCACUGUCAAAGACAGAUUUUACAUCUCAGAAUUGGCAUGGCUCUGAACUAGCAUCUUAUUUGAUGGACAACACCAAAAGAAUAUCUGCCAUCUCACCUUUUGCAUGUUUAUCUGGACUGGUUGAUAAUGAUCUAUUUCAUGAGGAGUUUGUUAACGCAGCUGUCCUACGUUCUCUUGGAAUUAAUGUCAAAAACUGCCCCCUGCUUUAUUUGAAUAAGUAUGAUAAGCAGGGAAGGAGGAUGCCACUCAAUGCAUAUGCACUGGACUUUUAUAAGCAUGGUUCCUUGACUGCAUUGACAACGGAUAACUGGUUAAAUGAAGGAGAUGCUUACUAUGCACUCAAGGAUUUUUCACUCCUCAUUAAGUCUAUUGGAACAAGUCUGAGUGAGCUGUGUGAUGAUCCAAAUGAUAAUGUUCUACUGGCGUUUCAACAACUGGGUGAAACCUAUGAAGAGAAACUGAAGCGUAUUACCUGA